ACAGACCGUUACCUGCUAUUGGUCGGAGCUCCAAGGGAGAAGGCGGAGCCUAAUGUUCCAGCCAAUCGCACAGGAGGAGUGUACAGCUGCCCAGUCACCGCUUACCAAUCAGACUGCAGCAGGAUGCAGCUCAUAGGCUCAGGAGGUUCGACUGACGAGAUGAGACGUGACCUCGGGCGUUUCCAUGGAGACGAAUGCAAGUUUCUGAAAAGGUGCAUCAGACCUCCAGCUGACUCCCCGCCUUUACCUGUCUGCCUUUCAGCCAAUCACAGCCGGCUCCAGUGUCUGUUUGUCCUUCAUCGGUUUGCAGCAGAACCUUCUGGACGAGUUCUGGUUCUGUGAGGCAGAACCGGGCUGCUGUGGCUUUAAAUGUCUGGUUUCUGUUUGUCUCCUCACUCAGUCCUGUUAUCUCUCCCCUGGUGCAUUAUGGGUAGUCCAUCCCUCAGUGAGACGUGACAGCUGCUGUCCCCUGAGAGCUUUUAUCUGCCUCCUGAACACACACACACACACUCAGACAUGAUAAAGAUUUGUCCUGAGCGGGUAAUCAGCUAUAACCACGCAAAGGGCCAAUCAGAGGAGUUCAUUUUAACGUCACACUGUACAAACAAAGGAAAGAGCAGCCUGUGGCGAGUCACUCUCCCGUCCUGUCCUGUUUCAGAUCUGAACCCGACGGAGGACCUGGCUGAGGACAUGUGGCUCGGCGUCUCAGUAGCCAGUCAGGGCCGACCCGGGGGGAGGGUCCUGGCGUGUGGUCAUCGAUUCGCCAAACUCUACGGCGAGUCUAAGCUCAGACACAUGAUUGGCCGGUGUUAUAUCCGUGGAAACGACCUGCAGUACGACGACGCAGACAUGCACUGGCAGAACCCCGACCAGCCCUGCAGUCACCUGAAUGAUGUCAGCGGUGAGUCCAUGUGCACCAUGGGGAUUUCUGCCGCCAUCACUCAGACGGAGGUCAUCGUCGGCUCACCUGGAAGCUUCGAUUGGCAAGGUAACGUCCACGUCUCCUGGAUGAAUCCAACUAUGGAAUUUGACACCGAGAGGAGCUCCUUCCCCAACCUGGGAACCAGGAACAUUUACAUAGGAUAUUCGGUGACUCAGGCUCGCCGUCUCCUCUCUCAGGAUAAGGAAACCAUAAUAACCGGAGCUCCAAAGGACAGUAAGGAAGACGCCCGUGGCUCUGUGCUGCUGGCGGCGAAGCUAUCUGAUAAACUGCAUAUUCAGCAGACGCUGCGCGGCGAGCAGACAGGCUCGUACUUCGGGAACGCCGUGGCAACCACCGACCUCAACAAUGACGGGUGGACCGACCUGCUGGUGGGCGCUCCUUUUUACUUCCAGCGUCAGCAGGAGGCGGGCGGGGCAGUUUACGUUUACAUGAACUCGGGAGGUCGGCUUGAUCCACGGCCCAGCGUGGUGCUGAAAGGACCGGCGGGGUCGGCCUUCGGUAUGUCUGUUGCUGCCACUGGAGACCUGAACCAGGACGGCUUCCAGGACUUUGCAGUCGGUGCUCCUUUCCAUGAAACAGGAAGUGUGAUGAUCUGGAGCGGGAGCAGCGAGGGGGUCUCUACAGAACCGAGCCAGGUGAUCCGGGGCAGCAGGGUCUCUCCUGGGUUCAGGACCUUCGGGUACUCUCUGUCUGGAGCUGUGGAUGUUGACGGGAACAAAUACCCAGACCUGCUGGUCGGCUCUCUGGACGACACCGUGGUUCUGCUCAGAACUCGGCCAGUCAUUCACCUCAAUAAAACCCUCAGAGUUUCUCCGGAUGUCGCCGACCCGAACAGCUGUGACUUCUGUAUUCAGGUGGAGGUGUGUUUCUCCUACAUCUUCAGCACCGGAGAGAAGAGCGACAGAGACAACAUCACCGUCCACUACACGGUGACCGCCGACGAGUCCCGCCUCCUCAAAUCCCGCCUCCGUUUCCGUGACAACGGGCAGAGCGUCUUCUCUGGUUACCUGUCGAUGCCAAAAAAGCAGUGUGAAACCCUGAGAGUCGGACUGCUGAGUUCGAUCCGAGACAAAGUGGAACCUUUGGUAUUCUCCCUAAACGUCUCUUUGUAUGAGAAGCUUCCCAAGAAAAGAAACACUGUCCAGGACCUGAAACGAUUUCCCGUGCUGAGCCAGACCCCUCGACCCAUUAGAACCCAGAUCCACAUCCAGAAGGCCUGUGGUUCUGAUAACCGUUGCCAUAGUAACCUGCAGAUGACGGCCCAGUUCACAGAUGAGAACCAGAAUCCCUUCCCCAUGAAGAAGGACAGUCAGUUUUUUUACUACAAAGGCGGCGUUAACCGAUUGUUUCUGGAGGUUAACGUCAGCAACACACCGUCACCAGGCCGACAAGCAGAAGAUGCACACAACGCUGUUUUGAACGUUAGCAUCCCACCAUCACUCAUAUACUCCGGAGUCCGAACAAAGGGUGACAUCCAGGCGAAGGUGGAGUGUUCUGUUGUGAAUGCCGUUCUUCAGUGUCAGCUGGGGAACCCAUUCAAAAGCAACCAGAAGGUUCAGGUGUUGAUCAUAUUUCAGCCGGAUGAGAUCAGUUUAGACACCAGAGAGAUUCAGUCUCAGCUGCAGUUGUCCACGCUCAGUGAGCAGUCAGACCUUUCUCCUGUCUCUGUCUCCAUGUUGGUGGAGUAUUCACUGCACACUUCUCUCCAUCUAAUCAGUCCACCAGGCCCCGUGGCCUUCAGUGGUCAUGUGAUCGGUGAGUCGGCCAUGGUGAAGACGGCGGAUGUCGGCAGUCUGCUGCUCUUCACUUUGCAGGUGCACAUCAGCGGGAAGCCACUGGGUCGCCUAGGCAACCUUGAGGUGGAGUUUGAUUGGCCGAGGGAGGUGUCCAAUGGGAAGUGGCUGCUGUACCUCACAGAGAUCCAAGUAAACGGCACAUCAGAGCCUCACUGUGCUCCGCCCCGCGACAUCAUCAACCCCCUCAAACUCAGGCUGUCAAAGGAGGAGGGGAAGGAGAAGAAGAAGAGGAGUCUGGAGGAGGAGCAGGUAAAGGAGAAGAAGGAGGAGCAGACUGAAAAAGCUCUACCUGUCCACCACCUGCAGGGACAGAAGAAGAAGUCCUACACUCUGGGCUGUGGCAACGGGGCUAAAUGUGUGACGUUCGUCUGCCCGCUGGUCAACAUGAACAACUCGGCGACUCUGACAGUCAGAGCCAGACUGUGGAACUCCACCAUGAUCGAGGACUACAGCGAUGCGAGGAAUGUGCUGGUUCGAGGCCGGGUGACUCUGAAACUGCAGACCAACAAACCCACCAUCCACAUGGAGUCUCACGGCACAGAGAUUGAGGUCCACGUUUAUCCGGACCUGGGGCAGCAGGAGGAGUCCAGUGCCCCCCUGUGGAUCAUUGUGGUGUCUGUCCUGGCUGGAGUGUCCCUGCUGGCUCUGAUCUGCCUGCUGCUCUGGAAGUGUGGCUUCUUCAGGAGAGCCAGCACCAGAGAGCUGUACGAGGCCAAGACCCAGAAAGCCCACAUGAAGAGCCAGCCGUCUGAGCACGAGAGGCUGGAAGAGGAGAUCUGAGUCUGGGCAGGCUGCUGCCAGAGAGCCCUGCUUGUGGGUUCUUUGUUCGUCAGAGGGCGUGGCGGGCCGCGGCGCUCCACCAGGGGAGGAUUGUGGGUAAAGACGAGCAGCAGCAGCAGCAGCAUACAGACACCGAUGGUUUCCUGAUCCAGGACGGCGUCUCCUCGUCCAGAAACAGGAAGUCACCUAGACAUUGGGUCACCUCCUGGACUGAGACACACUGAGAGACUGACGGCCUCCAUGGAAACGCAUCCUGAACUGUACCAGACCGGACCGACAAUUCCUGUAACGGACCAAACCGGACUGUGACAUCCUGAACUGGACUAAACCGGACUGAGACUUCUUGAACCGAACAAAACCGGGCCGAGACUUCCUGAACUGGACCAAACCGGACCGAGACUUCCUGUAACGGACCAAACCGGACUGUGACAUCGUGAACUGGACUAAACCGGACUGAGACAUCCUGAACCGAACAAAACCGGGCCGAGACUUCCUGUAAGGGACCAAACUGGACUGAGACAUCCUGAACUGGACCAAACCGGGCCGAGACUUCCUGAACUGGACCAAACCGGACCGAGACUUCCUGUAACGGACCAAACCGGACUGUGACAUCGUGAACUGGACUAAACCGGACUGAGACAUCCUGAACCGAACAAAACCGGGCCGAGACUUCCUGUAAGGGACCAAACUGGACUGAGACAUCCUGAACUGGACCAAACCGGGCCGAGACUUCCUGAACUGGACCAAACCGGACUGAGACAUCCUGAACCGGACUAAACCGGACUGUGACAUCCUGAACUGGACUAAACCGGACUGAGACAUCCUGAACCGUACAAAACCGGACCGAGACUUCCUGUAAGGGACCAAACUGGACUGAGACAUCCUGAACUGGACUAAACCGGACUGAGACAUCCUGAACCGAACAAAACCGGGCCGAGACUUCCUGUAAGGGACCAAACUGGACUGAGACAUCCUGAACUGGACCAAACCGGGCCGAGACAUCCUGAACUGGACCAAACCGGACUGAGACAUCCUGAACUGGACCAAACCGGGCCGAGACAUCCUGAACUGGACCAAACCGGACUGAGACAUCCUGAACUGGACUAAACCGGGCCGAGACAUCCUGAACUGGACUAAACCGGGCCGAGACAUCCUGAACUGGACCAAACCGGACCGAGACUUCCUGAACUGGACCAAACCGGACCGAGACUUCCUGUAACGGACCAAACCGGACUGUGACAUCGUGAACUGGACUAAACCGGACUGAGACAUCCUGAACCGAACAAAACCGGGCCGAGACUUCCUGUAAGGGACCAAACUGGACUGAGACAUCCUGAACUGGACCAAACCGGGCCGAGACUUCCUGAACUGGACCAAACCGGGCCAAGACAUCCUGAACUGGACCAAACCGGACUGAGACAUUCUGAAUCGAACAAAACCGGACCGAGACUUCCUGUAAUGGACUAAACCGGACUGAGACAUCCUGAACCGAACAAAACCGGGCCGAGACUUCCUGUAAGGGACCAAACUGGACUGAGACAUCCUGAACUGGACCAAACCAGACUGAGACAUCCUGAACUGGACCAAACCGGGCCGAGACUCCCUGAACUGGACCAAACCGGACUGAGACAUUCUGAACCGAACAAAACCGGACCGAGACUUCCUGUAACGGACCAAAUUGGACUGAGACAUUCUGAACUGGACCAAACCAGACUGAGACAUCCUGAACUGGACUAAACCGGACUGUGACAUCCUGAACUGGACCAAACCGGACUGAGACAUCCUGAACCGGACUAAACCGGACUGUGACAUCCUGAACUGGACUAAACCGGACUGAGACAUCCUGAACCGUACAAAACCGGACCGAGACUUCCUGUAAGGGACCAAACUGGACUGAGACAUCCUGAACUGGACCAAACCGGGCCGAGACAUCCUGAACUGGACCAAACCGGGCCGAGACAUCCUGAACUGGACCAAACCGGGCCGAGACACUGCCAUUUGUACCUGCUGGACUGUGUGUGUGAUUUAAAGACCUUGUAAACGUCAGAAGCUGAUUAAUGUGUUUAUGUAGUUGUUAAUGUGUUUUUAUAUCUGUAUGUGUGAACAGCAUUUCCCAGCAUCCUCCUGGCCUCUGGGUGACACUGGAGAUAAAGAAAUGUGACGCCAGGACUCUGCCAAAUGCAGAUGUGGCAGCAGAAUCAGUGUUGACGGGUUCUCACUCCCAGAGCGCCAGAUAGCUUCGCCCAGUAACGUCCUUCAGCGUCACAGUUCAACACAGAAAGUACAGCUACAUAUAAAUCCGAGUAAGGGGGGGCAGAAACCGGACUUUCACCCAGGAGACCGGUGUUCAUUUCCCGUGUGAUACAUUAAGUCUACAUUUUAGUGAUGUUUUCCUGAAUCCUAACCCUAACCGGACCAAACUGCGACCUUUCACAACUUCAUCCACUGGUUUUAUUUUGAAAGGCUAACCGGAUGUUGCACAGUUGUUCUUGCUAACUGCAGCCAAGCUAAUUAUAGUUCAGUUUAGUUUGGUUUAGUUACUCACUUGGUUUUGGUCCUGGUUUCGCCUUCCCUCCUCUUUGUGUUUCUGUUUGAAAUGUGGUUCAUGUUAAUUCAGUGAGAAACUCCUGGACUUUAACAGCUCCUGUGUUUCAUGUUCAGAGUCCCUCCCACAGAUCUGUGUUCUUCAUAUUACCAUAUGAUGAAGUCCACCCGCCCUUUACUCCGCGCUGCGUUACCGUAUCGAUCCUCUGGUGGUGACGUUACCCCCGUCGGACCGUCGGACCGCCGCAGGUUGGGACUGCACGCUGCACGUGAAACCGACACAGGCAGAAAUCUCUCCACAGAUCCACACAGGUUAACUUCAGCAGCUCACAGUCCACACAGAGCAGGCUGGCUUCAGCUGGCUGGACUCGCAGCUCGAGCGGCGCGGUUAAACGCCGGCGUUGCAUCAGCUCGGCGGAGUUGAUUCGCUCUGUGAGUCUUAAUUACAUUUGUAUUGAAACUUAAUGUGAAAAAUGUCAGUUGUGUGAGUCUGGCGGGACGGCUUUUCACCUGACGAGAAAUAUCGUCAUAGUUUAAUGUCGUGACACGAACCUACUGAGGACGGAAGAACAAGCGACCACAAAGACAACUUUCAAAAAUGUCUGUCAGUCCUGGACCGGGGCAGCUUCUGUUCCGGGGUCGGGGGCUCGGCGUUCAGCCUAACCUGGUUAAGCUAAGCUAGUUUAGCCUUCGUGAACCUGCUCUUAUCUGCCACGAAAACUAAAGACUGUUGCUUCAUAACUUUGUUUUAUUUUUAUUUCAGGUAACGAAAAUGUUCUUUCAGUCCUAGUUUUAAUUAUUUCAUUACCGACGAUAACGUUGGCGCUCAGGGCGGUAAACAGCGACCCCAAGCGUCCAUAUGUGACGCCCUGGGAGGGGAACCGGUUGGGUGUCAGUGUGUCCGGAUUCCUGAUCAUGCUGCCUUCAAGGGCUCCUCGUAAACUCUUCGCUUUAACUAAAAACCUGUGUUUUGCUUUCAGGUGCUGAAGGUUCCUGUACCAAAAAUAUUUUACAGCUCUUCUAUAAAACAGUUGUUUUGUGUUGUGCGUCCUGUUUCUGCUGGUUUUGGAAGUGUUUUAUAUGAUUGUUAUAUUUCUGACAGCAUUUGAAAGCAGCAUCUGUGUGUGUGUAACGUGGUUUGUCCUCACUGUGGUGAGUGUUUGUGUUUGUUGCUGAUAUUAAAGUAUUUUUUAUAUA